CAUCAGCAGCCAAUCACCAUGAGGAUUCUGCUGGCUCUCAGCUUGGUGGCCAUUUGCUGCAGCCUGUGGGUCGGGGCCGAGGUUCUGAUCCAACCGGAUUUCCAAAAGGAAAAGGUCCUGGGCAAGUGGUACGGGAUUGGCUUGGCCUCCAAUUCCAACUGGUUCCAGGGCAAGAAGAACCACAUGAAGAUGUGCACCACCAUCAUCACUCCCACCGCCGACGGGAACAUGGAGGUCACAGCCACUUUUCCCAAGAUGGAUCGCUGUGAGAAGAAGACCAUGACCUACAUAAAGACGGAGCAGCCUGGCCGUUUCCGCGCUAAAAGCCCCCGCUACGGCAGUGAGCACGACAUGCGCGUCGUGGAAACCAACUAUGAUGAAUUCAUUCUAAUGUACACGCUGAAGACCAAGGGACCAGAAACCAAUCAAAUUGUCUCUCUCUUUGCCAGAGACAAGGAUGUGAGGCCCGAACUGCUGGAUAAGUUCCAGAGCUUCGCUAAGGCUCAAGGGCUCACCGACGAGAAUAUUCUCAUCCUGCCCCAUACUGAUCAGUGCAUGACAGAGGCUUAGAGACUCGGGAAUGCGCCGUGGCUCCAACGUGUGGCCCCCCAGUUACUCCCGUGGGUUUAGAGAUUUCUUCUUAUGUUUGUGGAAGCGAAUCAAUAAAUGUUUGCAUUAAUCAAA